AGGGAACAGCCGGAGCCGCAAGCAAGCUCGCUCGCCGACGUGGCCGUCGCCGCUUCUGUUGCCGCCGCGUUUUGUCGAACAUCGCGGCCUCCGCUGCCGCCAAGGUUGAAAAUCGGCAUUCAACACCUGCGGCUUGUUACGCCUACAGGCCUGCGAUCCUCGUUAUGUGUAACGCGGCAGCUGCCGACAGCGGCGGCAGAAGCGGUCGACGGCACGGUGGCACUCUCGUUUGACAUCGUGGCCCCUUGGUUUCGCUCUCAGCCGUUGCCACGAUGGACGCCUCGUCUCACACCGGCGAGAUCGUCAAAGUGGUGCUCCUCUGCGUGCUCUGGUACGGCAUCAGCUCGGGCAACAAUGUCGUCGGCAAGGUGGUGCUCAACAGCUUUCCCUACCCGCUCACCGUCACCAUGGUCCAGCUGUUCUCCAUCACCGUGUACUCGGGACCUGUGUUCGCGCUAUGGGGAAUCAGGCCCUACCUGGACCUCGAGUGGGGCACGUACAUGCGCUGCAUCGUGCCCUUAUCGUGCGGCAAGUUCUUCAGCUCCCUGACGUCGCACGUCAGCCUGUGGAAAGUACCGGUCUCUUACGCGCACACAGUAAAAGCCACCAUGCCUCUAUUCACUGUGGUAUUAUCUAGGAUCAUUCUGAAAGAAAAGCAGACUUGUACGGUCUACGCAUCAUUGCUGCCCAUUAUCAUCGGAGUCAUGGUUGCAACUAUGACCGAGAUUUCCUUCGAUAUGACUGGCCUGAUCAGCGCCUUGAUAUCCACCAUUGGCUUCUCUCUGCAGAACAUAUACACAAAGAAGGUGAUUCGAGACACGAAUGUUCACUACCUGCGCCUGCUGCAUACCUUUGCAAGGCUGGCGCUCAUCUUCUUCAUUCCUGUGUGGCUUCUCUUUGAUGCGCGUCGUUUUAGCAAGGAUGCUACUUUGUUCAAGCAGUCCGACGGAUUCACGGUGUUGCUGUUGCUCUUUCUGGACGGGGCGCUCAACUUUGCUCAGAACCUGGUUGCGUUCACGGUGCUCAACAUGGUCUCUCCACUCACUUACUCGGUCUGCAAUGCAACCAAGCGGAUUUCUGUCAUAACUAUAUCGCUGCUCCUGCUUCACAACCCCGUGACGCCCCUCAACAUCUUUGGCAUGCUCACUGCGGUACUUGGCGUCCUCUGCUACAACAAGGCAAAAUAUGAUGCAAACAAAGCAGCAAGGAAGGCACUGCCCGUGACAUCGCAAGACCUGAAUCCGCUGAUAAGGACGGCUGACCAGCACAAGCCCAUCAAUGGCAUGAAUGGCUCAUUGCACCUCCUCACCCCUUACAAUGAGAAGCUCAUGGGCCUUUGACA